AUGCUGACACACGGCACGCCGGGUUCGAUCGCUCUGAUCGCCUCGAUGAGUGAAACGAUCGCGAACCGUGGGUUACCCUGCGCGGCAUACAAUGCGUCGAAGGCUGGGGUGCAACAGCUGGGGCGUAGUUUGGCGGCAGAGUUGGGGAAGGAGGGGAUCAGGGUUAAUACGAUUAGCCCUGGUUAUGUGGUGACGCAGAUGGUGGAGGAGCUUUUUGAGAAGAUUCCGGAGCGGAGAGAUGGGUGGGCGGGGAAGAACAUGCUUGGGAGGUUGGGGAAGCCGGGUGAUUUGGGCGGAGAGGGGGGUGUUUCUUAUGGCGAGCUGCAGUGGGUGGAUGACAGGAGGGAAUUUGAGGAUCGAUGGGGGGCAUACUGCUUGGUAGGGGGUUGGAUAUUAGAGCCGUCUUGGAGGUACUUUGAGGAAGAUUUUGUGGUGAAUUGCGUUGAUUUCACAUGCUGAGGGCUUGUCUUGUGCCUGGAUAUAUAAUUACACAGACAGCCUUCAUUCUGGACACACUCCACUCAAUGAG